UCUCCUUUGUUCUUUCAUUUCUGUUUUCAUGAGCUAUUUGUUUGAAUAUUUGAGGUGAAAAGUGAAACUGGGAUUUAAAGCUUGGAACCAGUGAAUACUAGAUUUGGGGACCCUUUGUUUGGCACUUGUCUACUGUUUUUUUCUUGAAAGGUUGAUUCUCAGAGAUGACACGGGUUGGGAUUCGAGCAAAGCUCAGGCUGAGUAAUCUAUAUACAUUCACAUGUCUUAGGCCUAGAGCUACUGAAGAAGGGGCACAUUCUUUUGACGGACCUGGAUACUCCAGAAUUGUGCUUUGCAACCAACCUCUUAUGCACAAUAAAAAACCUUUUAAGUAUCGAUCAAAUCAUGUAUCCACGACCAAGUACAAUGUUUUCACUUUCUUACCAAAGGCUUUGUAUGAACAAUUCCACCGAGUUGCCAAUUUGUAUUUCCUUGGAGCUGCAAUUGUUUCUUUUUCACCACUCUCGCCAUUUACUGCUGAGAGCAUGGUUGCUCCCUUGGUCUUUGUUGUAGGGCUUAGCAUGGCAAAGGAAGCUUUAGAGGAUUGGCAAAGGUUUAUGCAAGAUAUAAAGGUUAAUAAUCGGAAGGUAAAAUUUCAUAAGGGGGAAGGUGUUUUUGGUAAUAGGUCAUGGAAGAAGCUUCGGGUUGGAGAUGUGGUGAAAGUGGAGAAAGAUCAGUUUUUUCCGGCAGAUUUGCUACUUCUGUCAUCAAGUUAUGAGGAUGGAAUUUGCUACGUUGAGACUAUGAAUUUAGAUGGUGAGACAAACUUGAAGGUGAAGAGAGCUUUGGAGGUUACAUUACCUUUGAAUGAGGAUGAGGCUUUCAAGAACUUCACAGGAACAAUUAAAUGUGAAGAUCCCAACCCUAGCCUUUACACCUUCAUUGGUAAUUUUGAAUACAGUGAUGAGGUUUAUGCCCUUGACCCUAGCCAAAUUCUUCUUAGAGAUUCAAAGCUGCGUAAUACAGCUUUUGUCUAUGGAAUUGUGAUUUUCACCGGUCAUGAUAGCAAAGUCAUGAAGAAUGCUACAAAGACCCCUUCAAAAAGGAGCAAAAUAGAAAGGAAAAUGGAUUAUAUAAUAUAUGUUCUUUUCAGCAUCCUCCUGAUGAUCUCAUUUAUCAGCUCUAUUGGUUUUGCAGUGAAAACAAAGUUUGAGAUGCCACACUGGUGGUAUCUGCAGCCUAAGAAUACGGAUGAUUAUUAUAAUCCUAAAAGGCCAGUAUUAUCAGGGAUUGGCCAUCUUAUAACUGCUCUCAUACUUUAUGGGUAUUUAAUACCUAUAUCGCUUUAUGUUUCAAUUGAGGUGGUGAAGGUUUUGCAAGCAACUUUUAUUAAUAAGGACAUACACAUGUAUGAUGAAGAAACUGGGAAUCCUGCUCAAGCACGGACAUCAAAUUUAAAUGAGGAGUUGGGCCAGGUAGAUACAAUCCUUUCAGAUAAAACGGGCACUUUGACCUGCAAUCAAAUGGAUUUUCUCAAAUGUUCCAUUGCCGGUACUGCAUACGGUGUGCGCUCUAGUGAAGUUGAAAUUGCUGCAGCACAGCAGAUGGCUACUGACCUUGAGGAUCAAGAUGUAGAAAGAUCCACUGAUUUCAGGCAGAAGGGAAAGCAACUAGAAAUUGAACUCGAAAGUGUUAUUUCAAAGGAUGAAAUGGUUCUUAAACCUCCCAUAAAAGGGUUUAGCUUUCAGGACAGCUGCCUAAUGGAAGGGAACUGGUUGAACGAGCCUAAUGCAGAUGCCAUCAUGUUAUUUUUUCGAAUAUUAGCAAUUUGUCACACUGCUGUACCUGAGCUGAAUGAAGAAACCGGCAGUUAUACGUAUGAAUCAGAGUCACCUGAUGAAGGAGCCUUUCUUGUUGCAGCCAGAGAAUUUGGUUUUGAGUUUUUUAAAAGAACUCAAUCAAGUGUGUUUGUCCAUGAAAGAUAUUCAGCUUCAGGGCAAGCAACUGACAGGGAGUUCAAAAUUCUAAAUAUGUUGGAAUUUACUAGCAAAAGAAAGCGAAUGACAGUAAUUGUAAGGAAUGAAGAGGGGCAGAUUCUUCUUCUGUGUAAAGGUGCUGACAGUGUUAUUUUUGACAGACUAUCAAAGAAUGGAAGAUUGUAUGAGGAAGAUACCACUAGGCAUUUGAAUGAGUAUGCAGAAGCUGGAUUGCGAACAUUGGCACUGGCCUAUAAAAAGCUUGGGGAGUCUGAGUACUCUGCUUGGAACGAUGACUUUCAGAAAGCAAAAACUUCAGUUGGGGCAGAUAGAGAGAGAAUGCUUGAAAAUGUUGCAGAGAUGAUGGAGAGGGAUUUGAUUCUUAUUGGUGCUACUGCUGUGGAAGACAAAUUGCAAAAGGGAGUACCCCAAUGUAUAGAUAAACUUGCUCAGGCUGGUCUGAAGAUCUGGGUUUUGACAGGGGACAAGACGGAAACUGCUGUAAAUAUUGGAUAUGCUUGCAGUCUUCUUAGGCAAGGCAUGAAGCAGGUCUGUAUUACAGCCAUUAAUUCAGAUGCUAGAGAGGUAGUUAAGGAGGACAUACUGUCGCAAAUAACCAAAGCUUCGCAAAUGAUCAAACUCGAAAAAGAUUCACAUGCUGCAUUUGCGUUGAUCGUUGAUGGAAAGACUCUUGCAUUUGCCUUGGACGAUGAUAUGAAAAGGCACUUCUUAUUCUUAGCUGUUCAGUGUGCGUCUGUCAUAUGCUGUCGUGUGUCUCCUAAGCAGAAGGCACUAGUAACAAGAUUAGUAAAAGAAGGAACUGGGAAAACCACCUUAGCUAUUGGUGAUGGCGCAAAUGAUGUCGGAAUGAUUAAAGAAGCUGACAUUGGAGUUGGCAUCAGUGGCGUGGAAGGUAUGCAGGUUUGCUAUUUCUUCUACAAGAACAUAGCAUUCGGCCUCACUCUCUUCUACUUUGAGGCAUUUGCAGGAUUUUCUGGACAAUCAGUUUACGUUGAUUGGUACAUGUUAUUAUUCAAUGUUGUUCUUACAUCAUUGCCCGUAAUCUCACUAGGAGCUUUUGAGCAAGAUGUCUCCUCUGAGAUCUGCUUACAGUUUCCUGCAUUAUAUAAGCAAGGACCUAAAAAUUUGUUUUUCGACUGGUAUAAGAUACUCGGGUGGAUUGGGAAUGGUCUUUAUUCCUCUCUCAUUGUUUUCUUCCUCAAUAUUUUCAUCUUCUACGAUCAAGCUUUCUGUGCUGGAGGUCAGACUGCCGAUAUGGAUGCCUUGGGGACAACAAUGUUCACUUGCAUCAUUUGGGCGCUCAAUUGCCAGAUUGCGUUUACGAUGAGCCACUUCACAUGGAUCCAAUACCUAUUCAUAUGGGGCAGCAUCAUCAUGUGGUAUUUGUUUCUCUUUGUUUAUGGCAUGCUAUCACCGACUACAUCUGGUAACGUCUACCAACUUCUAGUGGAAGUUCUCGCUCCUGCACCCAGCUAUUGGAUGGCCACCCUCUUAGUAACCAUCACUUGUAACCUCCCGUACUUGGCCCAUAUAUCUUACCAAAGAUGUUUCCACCCAUUGGAUCAUCAUAUCAUCCAAGAGAUCAAGUAUUACAAGAAAGACGUCGAGGAUCAACGCAUGUGGAGUAGGGAGCGAUCAAAGGCAAGAGAAAAGACCAUGAUCGGGUUCACAGCAAGGGUAGAUGCAAAGAUCAGGCAGUUAAAAGUGAAGUUGCAAAGAAAGCAUCUGUCUUCUGAAAUUCAUGGUCCGGCCCCUUCAUCAUAACAACACACAUUCAGUCUAGUUUUCAUUUUGAAGUAUGUUUAUGGUUUUUUCUUUUCUGGCCAUUCGCAUCAUCACUUUUCUUGCCUCCUUUAUAUUAUCGGUUAAUUAUUUAUUAGUUAUUUACACAAAUGUAGCAGCUGUGACCUGUGGAAGUAGUCGGAAGAAACGUCCGAUCAUUGUUUAAGACUUGCAUUUUCUUGGCUUGUUGAUGCAACUCUUGUACAAUGUAGAAUGUUGAAACUUUGUACAUGUAUAGGAAAAAAACUAGGAUUUGAA